UGAAGCUUUAAACUUCAGACUUGGAGGUGGGCUGCGCGCAGUCAACUGGAUGCUCCCGCGCGCAGUGCUCCGCGCAGCAGCGAUCAGAAGCAGGACGGGCUCCCGGCUGCAGCUGCUGUGGCUUUGUGUGCGCUGGAUGCCGCGCUCCGGAGACGGGGGAGGGUUUUCACUUCAGCUUGCAGGCAAUGGAAUUACAGCGGUAGCAGCGGGGUAUAAAGGAUUGCCUUUUUCUCGUCUUCCCGGAGGUGCUCAGGCCUGGCCUGUUUUAAAGAAGAGAAAUAUAAAGGAAAUUGGACGUGCUUCCUUCUCUUCCCAUGAAGACUGUUCGCAUUGCUUCCUUUGCUUCUUAACAGAGACUCUACUCAUUCUGGGGGAACGUGGCUGAGACGGAAAUCCUGCAAAGGCAGCAAGAAGCAGAAAUAGCUAUCCCACAGCAGGUAAUCACACCUCAGGAUGUAGCUACUGUACAGAGUGUGUACUUGGAUAAUUCUGGAUGGGAAUAAAGGUAGGGGGAGUGCCUGGAAAACCUGUUACUACACAGGCCUUAGCAUCGCGAUCGGCUUUCUUCAUGAGCAGCUGAACUCUUUGUCUCUGACCACAUUGCACAGAAGAGCCAAUAAGAAUUUCAAAGAGGGCAGUUUCCACUGAGGGAAUUAAGGUAUACAAAAGGAGUCAUCACAUGAAACUAUCAGGAAAAAAAAUAUAUAUAUAUAUAUAUAUAUAUAUAUUAGGAAGCCACGUGUCCUCCAUAGUGUCCGGAAGCUGAGCUGUUUCUGGCCCCCACUUUAAUGAGCUUGCCCACGUGCCCACGUGCCCACCGUGCCGAGCGAAGCACAGCUGGAUGUCCACUGGCAGCAGCACACCUGAGCUGGAGGUGCCUCUGGCAUAGGAUUACUUGAAUAAACAGUGAAGAACAUUUCCAAGGAGGAAAGAGUUUUACAGUCCCAGCCCCUCACCAAGAAAAUAACAUAUGUGCAUUGGACUGUGACCCACGUAAAAUUACUUACAUCGCUCAAUAAGCGACAGAGCGGCCCGCUGUCCAGACCUCGACGCUGCUGACCAUGAUCAGCCCAGUCUGGAGCCUCUUCCUCAUCGGGACUAAAAUCGGGCUGCUCUUGCAAGCGGCUCCGCUGUCGGCCAUGGCUAAGCCCUGCCCCUCCGUGUGCCGCUGUGACGCUGGCUUCGUCUACUGCAACGAUCGCUCCCUGACAUCCAUUCCGGCCGGCAUCCCGGAGGAUGCCACGACGCUCUACCUUCAGAACAACCACAUCAACAACGCCGGCAUCCCCUCCGACCUCAAGAACCUGCUCAAGGUGCAGAGAAUAUACCUGUACCGCAACAGCCUGGACGAGUUCCCCACCAACCUCCCCAGGCGCGUGCGGGAGCUGCACCUGCAGGAGAACAACAUCAGGGCCAUCACCUACGACUCGCUCUCCAGGGUCCCGUUCCUGGAGGAGCUGCACCUGGACGACAACUCCGUGUCGGCGGUGAGCAUCGAGGAGGGCGCCUUCCGCGACAGCACCCGCCUGCGGCUGCUGUUCCUGUCCCGGAACCACCUGAGCACCAUCCCGGGCGGCCUGCCCAGGACCAUCGAGGAGCUGCGGCUGGACGACAACCGCAUCUCCACCAUCUCGUCGCCGUCCCUGCACGGCCUCACCAGCCUGAAGCGCCUGGUGCUGGAUGGGAACCUGCUCAACAACCACGGCCUGGGAGACAAGGCGUUCCUGGGCUUGGCCAACCUGACGGAGCUGUCGCUGGUGCGGAACUCCCUGACGGCCGCGCCCGUGAACCUCCCGGGCGCAAGCCUGCGCAGGCUCUACCUGCAGGACAACCACAUCAGCCGGGUGCCCCCCAACGCCUUUUCGUACCUGCGGCAGCUCUACCGGCUGGACAUGUCCAACAACAACCUGAGCAACCUACCGCACGGGAUCUUUGACGACCUGGACAACAUCACCCAACUGAUCCUUCGCAACAACCCCUGGCACUGCGGGUGCCAGAUGAAAUGGGUGCGGGAUUGGUUACAGUCGCUCCCCGUGAGGGUGAACGUGCGCGGGCUCAUGUGCCAGGCCCCAGAAAAGGUCCGGGGCAUGGCCAUCAAGGACCUCAGCGCCGACCUGUUCGACUGCAAAGACAGCGCGGUGGCCAGCACCGUUCAGGUCACCACCGCCGCACCCAACACGGCGCAUCCCGCGCAGGGGCAGUGGCCGGCCCCCGUGACCCGGCAACCGGACAUCCACAACCCCAGGCUCACCAAGGAUCAGCGGACUACCGGCAGCCCCUCGCGGAAAACCAUCCUCAUUACUGUCAAGUCCGUCAGCGCCGACACGAUCCACAUAUCCUGGAGGCUCGCGCUGCCCAUGACCGCCCUGCGACUCAGCUGGCUGAAACUGGGCCACAGCCCAGCCUUUGGAUCUAUAACAGAGACCAUCGUCACGGGGGAGCGCAGCGAGUACCUGGUCACCGCCCUAGAGCCCGACUCCCCCUACAGAGUGUGCAUGGUUCCCAUGGAAACCAGCAACCUCUACCUGUUCGAUGAAACGCCUGUCUGCAUUGAGACGGAAACUGCCCCUCUUCGAAUGUACAACCCCACGACCACCCUCAACCGCGAGCAAGAGAAAGAACCUUACAAAAACCCGAGUUUACCUCUGGCCGCCAUCAUUGGCGGGGCCGUGGCCCUGUUAAGCAUCGCGCUCCUGGCUUUGGUGUGUUGGUACGUGCACAGGAACGGGUCGCUGUUCUCGCGGAACUGUGCGUACAGCAAAGGGAGGAGAAGAAAGGAUGACUAUGCAGAAGCCGGCACUAAGAAGGACAACUCCAUCCUGGAAAUCAGGGAAACUUCUUUCCAGAUGCUACCGAUAAGCAAUGAACCCAUCUCCAAGGAGGAAUUUGUAAUACACACCAUAUUUCCUCCAAACGGGAUGAAUCUGUACAAAAACAACCACAGUGAAAGCAGCAGUAACCGGAGCUAUAGAGACAGUGGGAUUCCAGACUCGGACCACUCACACUCCUGAUGCCGCGCCAAACUGUUUUUAGACCUAAGAAAGGUGAUGGUAGGAGCUCGGUUCUACUGCAAAACACUGGAAAAGAGACUGAGAAAAGCAAUGUACUGUACAUUUGCCAUAUAAUUUAUAUUUAAGAACUUUUUAUUAAAAGUUUCAGAUUUCAGGUGGCUGCUGCGAUUGAUGUAGUGGGGACGCCUGAACACAAUUCUCUAUUUUAGUAUUUUUUAGUAAUUUGUACUGUAUUUUCCUUGCAGAUAUUGAAGUUAUAAACCAUUUCCUUUGUGUUCUACUGAGUAAGAUGACUUGCUGACUGUGAAAGUGAAUUUUCUUGCUGUGUUGAACAAUCAGGACUGCGUUCACAUGAGAUCCUUGUAGUAUAAGCACAGGCCGUUUUUCACUUUGGUAUUAAUACAAUGUAAAAAAGAAAACUGGCUGAAUGAGAAAAUAAAUUUCAAAAACUAGUUAUGAAAUAAUGUUCCAAUGAUUAAAUUUGUAUUAUCCCAGCAGUAUUCAAUAAAUCAAAAUAUGUGACAUAAUGGGCAAUAUGAAACUUGCACAUCUCAUUUUACCCUAGGCAAAUUAAAUGUCCUUGAGAAGUUAAGCUUAUUUUCUGAACUGAAUACAUCGGCUGGCGUAAAACCACGUGAAGUCAGCUGUUGAGGCUACGUCAGCAGAGCUAGACAGAUCACACGGCUUCACAAGAACAGCCUAAGUGCAGGGGUAUGUGUACUUAUAGAAACCACGACAACUUAGACGUCUAUAUUGUAAUCAACACCUAUACUAGAACUGCAUCUGGAGUUUUGCCUGUACCAUCCAGACUCUUAAAAAGUGAAUCCUAAACACAGAACUGUUAGUGUUCAUGAUGUUUUUUUAUUAUAAAGGAUGUCCAAGCAAAGCUGUCUGCAUGGCAGAGAAGGUAGUGCCGCCAUCAGCAAUUCCUCCAGCAAUCCAGGGAAAAUAGUGCUUUAAGUAAGUGAGAAUUUCAAAGAAAAAUAAACACUAGAAAUCAAAUUUAGAUUUGGCUAUAUGAGAUGCUUGAACGCUGUACAUAAAUAUUCAAUUUCCUUUCAUGAUGGAGAAUACUGCCCAAUACUGUCACAGUUCCCAGAUGUUACAUAAUGGACUUGUAAUGUAACAUUUCUUUACAGCUUCCUACUGAAUUGUGAGCUAUUACUUGUUUAAAAACCAUACCACUUUUUGUUGCCAUGAUUUUUUUUUCAACAAAAAAACCAAAGUGCAUUGUACGCCCUUUGGCCAGUCUUGUAUGUGCCUUGAUCCAACGCUACAUGUAUUCAGCUUUUGAAACUCGACAAAUUUUUCAUACUUCCUUAAAUAUGAAAAAUUAUGGUCUAAUUGCUGAAUAAACCUUAAGAAAAACACACAGAAUAAUUGUGCUUGCUUUCGGAACUAUGCUACCAUCACUAAAAAUAGGAAAUUGCCAGCACAUUAGUCCUAAACAUCUCCAUGUAUUUUUCUAGGCAUAAAAAUAAAAGUUAAGUACAAAUAAAGGAAACAACAUUAUCUUGAGGUUCUGUAUCAUUUCUAUAUUGAAGAGUCAGUAUUUUGUGAAUAAACCCAUUUUUGGGAGGGGGGGUUCCACUAUUCGCUCGGUUGAUAAAAAACAAGAGUGAUCUCAAUGCCUUUUUCUCUUAUGAGCACUGUUGCCAUUGUCUGCUCUGAUACUUUUUAAGGGUGGUCUUGGAGAAGCUUAUUUGUCUUUUAAAUAUCCUUUUGAGGGAGUGAGGUGGCAUCAAAAGAUCUGGAUCCACUUAGCAGAUCAAACCCCGGUGACACAGCGACCACCCAUAAGUGCAGCGUAGAGUUCUACACCAGCGGCAAGGGCCACCGUGCAGUGCAGGUGUUCUGAGAGCUGCACAGCGCUCUGUCACAUUCCUUCCUGCCACUGUGGAAGAGAAAACUGUUUCCAGAGCUUUGCUGAACACCGUGGCUUCUCCCCUCCUGACACAGAUCGACGGCCAACUGGAAACCUUAUUUAUUUGGCAUCUUUAAAAUGUUACUCAACAUUUUCUCCUUUGACUUCCUACCAUAGAAGAUGCUCAUUUUCUAUGAACGAAUGGAAAGUACAUUUGACACCAAAUAUGAAGAACAUUUUUCUAAAAAUAGUUUCUCAAGGUUUUGAAGGGUUCAACUACAGUUCUGCUGAAGUUGGGGAAAGGAAUGGGUAGUUUAUGAAGACCUAUGGUUUACAAAAGUGAAAAAUGGAUUGUAUCAAUUACUUUCCAAUUAUUAAAACUUGGAUAAGCACAGAAA